AGCAUAGCGAUAGAGAUAGAGAGAAAGGGAGAGAGAGAGAGAGAGAGAGAGGAGGGAGGAGUACCCGAAGUCAUCCGCGGAAGAAUCUAGGAGCACGUCAAUAUAAAUGACGUAAAAACGAAGAUAUCGGAAGCGACAUCACGCCAACUUGUUGUCCCUUCUCUUUUUCCCUUUUCAUCUUUACUCAAUUUUCCCAAAUUGUAUUAUUAUUCCUAUCCAAAAUCUAGUCUAUCUCAACCUCUCUCGAUCUUAUUCAGCUUAUUAUCGCUUUGUUGACCGCCGCUUCUGCGAGCACUCCAACUAUCGUGUAUACUCACAUACAUCUCAAGUGUUAUAUACGAACUAUCCAUCCUUCCAAUUUUACUUUUCGGGAUCCAUAUACCAGUGGCUAAUUACUGUUUUCAUUCCUUGGCUUCCCUUGGAACUUCCGUAAUUUGUAUCUCGCAAUCACAUACGCAUUGCACUAAUCAAAAGAAGCAAAGGGAGCGGCUGGUACAAUUCAGCAUCUCUGUUUUACUCGCUCGUACAGUCCUAUUUUAUAAGAGCAACAACAUCAACUCAAUGAGAAGAUCAACUGUGAACCAAAUUUACAAAGUUGGUAUCUGAAGUAUCAGCAACAUUUCGCGAACUUGAAUCAACCAGCCAGAGCCGCCCUGUACUUAGCUUGGAAAGCUUUCAGCGCUUAGCGGUCCAAUACUCAUAACGAGAUAAUUCCUAGCCGCGGCAGAGAAUUGGCAGAAGUGGAAAUACGACAAGAGGAAAAGGAAACGAGGGUCGCUGAAGAUAAACAUCAUCAUCAUCAUCGGUACGAGUGAAAUCAAGGGAGAAUUCACAAUAACCAGACGACAGACGGAUAAAGCAGGAAGCCGAGGCAGCUUCUGAUUUAAGGAAAGGUCUCCAGAGGACAUGGCUAUGGUCAACAUGAAUAAUCUACUCAAUGGCAAAGACUCACGGUGGUUGCAAUUGGAAGUCUGCAGAGAGUUUCAACGUCAAAAAUGCACCCGGCCGGACACGGAGUGCAAGUUCGCGCAUCCGCCUGUUAAUGUCGAAGUACAAAAUGGACGAGUUACUGCAUGUUACGACAGUAUUAAGGGUCGAUGUAAUCGAGAGAAGCCACCGUGUAAGUACUUUCAUCCACCACAACAUCUUAAGGAUCAACUCCUAAUAAACGGGCGAAAUCAUCUAGCCUUAAAAAAUGCUCUCAUACAGCAAAUGGGUCUUAGUCCUGGCCAGCCUCUCGUACCUGGUCAGGUACCUACAGUGGAGGCCCAACCUCCUGCGCCAUCACACCAGCACCUUCAACAGCAAAUCCAACAGCAACUGCUCGCUACCCACGCUCUUAUGGCUACAAAUCCCUACCUGACCGGCAUGCCGCAGGUCGGCAACACAUAUAACCCGUACUUCGCACCCAGUCCGAUAAUGCCGGCUAUUAUGGGUCCGGCAGAUCCGACAGGUGUUGGCAGUCCCCUUGGCGUGGUUCCACAAACGGUGGCGAUGCCGCAGAAGAUGCCCCGUACGGAUCGGCUCGAGGUAUGUCGCGAGUUUCAACGCGGGGCGUGCAAACGCGGCGAGACGGAGUGCCGGUUUGCGCACCCCCUCGAGACGGUGCAGGCGAACGAGGACGGCUCUGUGACGGUCUGCAUGGACGCUGUCAAGGGCCGAUGCAAUCGGGACCCCUGCCGCUAUUUCCACCCCCCUCUGCACCUUCAAGCCCACAUUAAGGCCCCACCACCUCGGGCUAGCAUUGCGACAGGAACGAUGCCGUUGGCUGGCGGUGUCUCGGCCAAUGCCGUACCUGGAGGACUCCAGAAUGCCAAUAUAGCUAGCAUCGAGCUCGGAAAGAAGCGGAUGCGUGACUCCAGUGAUGAUCUGCUAAUGAUGGACAUGAAGUCUGUCGGAUCACUUUACUACGAGAAUUUUGCCUUCCCAGGAAUGGUACCGUAUAAACGUCCAGCGGGCGACAAGUCCGGCGUACCGGUUUAUCAACCAACCGGUGCAACAACCUAUCAGCAGCUUAUGCAGCUCCAGCAGCCCUUCGUGCCUGUGUCAUGUGAGUACACUGGAACAUCACCCCUUCCUGCCCAAAAUUCGAAUCAGUCGGUCGUUACCGCCGUGCAAAAUUCGAUACAAAGCCAAGGUAAUGCGGUGAGUGCCGAGGCUGCCGCCGCUAAUGGAAUCCUCGUGGAUCCGAACAAUCCACCGCCACCUCCGCCAUCGAACGCGAACAACGAUAAACAAUCGUCAAACGCGAAUCACGAGUCCGAAACUUCUUCAGUCGUUGGUCAGAACUCUCACGAAUUGAAUCAUUCGGGAUCACCGCAACAACAGAUUAACCAACAAAUCCACCAAGCUCUGAGUGCUGCUGCCGCUCAUAAUGCUUCUAUAAAUACAAUCACUUCAAUGGCUGCUUUGAAUACAGUUCCUAGUAUAGUUAGCAUGAAUUCUAUAGCUACAGCAGCUUCAAUCACAAAUAUGAAUUCUGUUGCGAAUAUGAACUACUCAAUGGCAAACAUGGCCAAUAUUAAUGUCCUUAGUAGUCUCGGGAUGCACUCCAAUUUAUCUUUUGACCCUGCAGUUUUGGCUAAGGAGGUCGCUCAAAAAAAUUACGCGAAAGCUAUUAAAUUAUCGCAGCAGGCCGCGGCAUCUCAGCAAGUGGCAGCAGCCUCCUACAGUUUGAACCCUCUGAAUGCUCUCAACUACACAGGCGUUGCACUAAAUAAGCAGGCUCUUGCUGGUCUUAGUCAGCAACCAACUGGAUUACCUGGAGCAGCUGGACCGAGAACAAUGAUUACAGGUUUGGGUGGAUUGCAUGCCGGAGCUGCAGGCUUGAGUUCACCUCUUCCAGCUGGCCUACUCGCAUAUCAUCGACCACCACCAGCGGCUACACCAAUAAAUCCCUAUUCUCUUAUCAGACACCAGCAGGUUCUGACAACAAAUCCCUAUGUCCAAGCCUCAAUCCCGACAGCUUCUGUUCAAACCACACCAUACAUUCAAAAUCCGUAUGCGAUGAUACCCGGUAUGCCUGGUGUAGCAAGCGCUAUACAACAAAUUCCCACUGCCGGCCCCGCAACUAUUGCUACCCAACCUCAAGUUGCUAUUCCUGCAGCGAGUUCGGGUGUUAUAAUGCAACCUUAUAAGAAAAUGAAAACUACGUAA